CUGUCUCACAUAGCAUUUGUCAGUGCACAGCCGUCCGUGUUGUAGAAUAGAUGCUUCGGGUCCUAGCAUUGUAAUUCAGAACCGUGCGCGUGCUUUGCUCUCCCCAUUAAUGGUGACUGGGACUGGGACGGAAUUCGGAUACAGUGCGUCGUCACGAUCAAUUGGUAGUGUGUUUUGACCAUCAAGGACCACCGACCGCACUUGCAUAUUCCCAGAAGCUCGUGUGCUGAGAAUAGAAGGGAGGUGUCUUGUCCCCACAGUUCCAUGAGAAGGUGGCUGAGUGUGGUUGACGAAGAGGUGGUGAGAGCGCAGACUGCGAAGAUCUUGAACUAGUUACCGCCUCGAAGUAGGACCUAGUCAACCGGAAAAUAUUUGCUCAAACGGAAACUAAUGAGACUAGUGAAGCUUUGAUGGUGGUUCCUGGGAGAAGAGAGCGCCUUGAAGGUUACGCAAAGAACGUUGCAAAUUUGAUUUCACAAUCGGAAGCGCCGGUUCAGAAGUAGUAGAAACAAAAUUAUCCAAAUAAACAGGGUGAACCGAUAUUUGUCCACAAUGGACCAUAACGUACAAUUGAACACUGUAAAAGAGACUGUUGCUGAUGAAUAUUGUGGUUUGUGCUUCAGCCUGUAUGGAAUGUUGUUUUGAGUGAAAGUAUUGAGCCAGGGGAUGAUCGUGCCCUAGGACCCAAGUUACGAAACGAAAACGAAAACUCCCUACAGAACUAGGCUAGAUUGUGAUGUUGCUUUUCGAUACUUCAUAACGAAGCGAAGUGUAAGAAGAAGGAACAUAGAAAUAAAUCUUAGAGCUGCAGGAAACAAAGAGCCAUCGGAAGGAAACAUGCAGUGAUUCGAUUGUAAAAGGCAAAAUAGCUUGUGCUGACGGUCAUCAUCGAGUGCGAAGGCGUGCUUCAGAGCGAGCUGUACGGCAGAAACGCGCGGAUUUUUUAUUUAGUGGCUGACGUUAACAAAAUCGUUGCACACUCUAGUAGGAUGGAACAAAUUGCGAAUUUGUUUGUUUGCUUUCUGAUGAUUUCAACCAUUGACAACAUAUACAGCUAUCCUACACCAAGUGAUAUCCUAUCAGGCAAAGAGUUCCUAUCGAUUCUAAUGGGUUCUGAUUCUCGAAGCAGUCGGAGCAAUAACUACGAUAGUCGAAGUACAAAUGUGCCGCAAUCUGCAGUGACAGCUCAUCCAUUUCGAGGGUCGCGCAAGUUCAGCCAAAUUUACUACGAACGUGCUGAAGAUGAAGAAAGCAUACUACCGAUAGAAACACUUUUCAAUUCUCAAGAAGAUGUGGGUCGCACCGGAGCACGAUCUUAUGGCUUCAAAAGUAGGACUCGAUCCAGAUAUGGGAAGCAGAGAACAACAGCGCCGACUACUAUCAAACCAAUAGAAGAAAAGGAUGAUUUGGAAGUAGCUGCAAGUGAAAUCAGCAUUAGUUCCAUCAGUACAACUGAAAGUGAAGGGUUUGAUACAACAAUGUCAACUACAAUUUCCGCAGGGACUGAUUCUCUAAGUAGCGCUACAAUUACGAGUACUUUUCCCACUACUAUCCUCGCUAGUCAACAAACCGAAGAGCCUCUCUUAAACGAUCAACCAAUCCAAAUGAACGAAGAAGAUCGAUCCGUGAAUUCAAAUUCCUUUCGAAGUGAGUUCACUAUUGAGGAAAGUGAUCCGUCUUUGGGUAUUGGUCAGAACGAACCUGAAAGAGUGGAAUCGAGUAAUAUUCAUCAUGUUAUGAGGACACCGGAUUCCGAACAGAUGCACAUGCAGUCGAACCGUGGACGGAUGCAACGAAAACAGGACCCACUUGCGUCUCGUCAGACCGUUAUUUAUCAUGACAAGAAAAGUGAGGCUCAACCUCGAUCAGUUUCUUACAGCUUUAUUGGCGAAACUGCUCCCACUAUUAAAACCUGGAGAGACAUCGAUGAAGAAUAUCUCGCUUCUCAAAACACAACGGAAGCGCCUUCCAGGGCACCUGCCAAUGAACCGCCCCAGCCUGGUUUACCCAUGAUCUGGUCUGAACCGGAAAAAAAUUACAGUGAACCGGCAAAAGUAUGGUCUGAGCCAGCAAAAGUUUAUUCCGAACCAGCAAAAUUUUACUCUCAACCAUCAAGAAUUUAUUCAGAACCGGCGAAAAUAUACUCCGAACCAGCUAAGAUUUACUCUAAACCUUCAAGUUUUUGGCAAACGGCUUAUGAUAAUCCCCCUUCCAGAGUUUCUUCGCCUCCGAUGCAAACGACUACCGAGUCUUCUACCAGUCAGAAGCGUAUUGUAUUCAACGAUUUGGACAAGAUCCCGUACGACGAGUUGAACGCACCGGCAGAUGCAGCAGACCGGAGCUCAAUCCACAAUGCGAUAGGAAAGUUCACCCCUAAACAGGUUCAGGAACCUCCGAAGAAGAAUCUUAACAAACCAACGCCCGAUCCAACAGAAGUGAUAGACCCUUACGUAGAAAAGCAAGGAGUUGGCAACGGGAACACUCCCAAUGUAGUACAAACCUUGGCGCCUGCAUCCGGAUCAACGGACGAUUCCAAAGUCGGCUACGUGGUAGAAGGGCGAAACUAUCGGAAAUAUCGCGUUGAAGAAAAAACUCCCGACGGUUUCAUUGUUGGAGAAUAUGGAGUCUUGAGCCACAACGACGGGAACCUUCGAGGGGUUCGCUACACUGCGGACUCCGACAUCAACCCACGGUUAAUAUAUGACGCAUUGAUCAAAUUUCUCUCGCUAUAAUGGGUAACCUACACGGUAUGAAGGUAACUGUUGCCAAAUAAAGUCAGCUCUCUACCCUGCGGAUGCAAACUAAGAUCAUAUACGAAAUGUGAACCCCGAAGGGGGAGAGUAGAGAUAAUCUAAGUCGAUGCCAUACAAACAAACACAUUUCCAGCCUAUUUGUGAGAUUCAAAAGCGUAUUCGUAGCAAUACAUUAGAACUUUCUCUUAAUUAAGCUAGGAUUUAACACAUAGCAAUUGGAUCGCGUCAAACGAAAAAUGUAAUUGAAUGUGAUAGUAGACUAUUAAUUUAUUAGUUAGACAUCGUAAUCGUAACGCUAAUCCAUGCAAACAGCUCAAAUCACUAUUGUUUGGAAGUUCAUGGUACAUCACUCUCUCGGAACGUAUUCUUGCCAUAUUGUGAGUCGCACUGAAUGUUAGGUAAAUAUACAAGUAAGCUAGUAACGUAGAGUCAAGAGCAACUAUACAUUCAUGUAUUGAAAGACGGUAAAAUAAAUAAAAAUAGUUUCAUUUCAAUAGAAGCUUAACAACUUCCAGUCAGUUGUUACUAUUUUGUUCUUUUUUCUUUUGCUGACAAAAUAUAUAAGUAGGUACUAUUGACUAUCUCAUCAAAGCUCGUCUACAAU